AUGGCGAUGCUUCGCGCUGCUUCGAGAUCGAUCCAGCUCUCUCUCCGCUCCUCCCUCGCCCUCAAUGAAUCUCUUGCCUCUUCGCCCGCACCCCUUCCGCUUCUCUUCGCCCGCCACUUUAGUGGCAGCCGCUCCCGCAGCGGCCGCUCCCGUGAUGACUUCCCUCCUUAUCAGCCGGCGACAUUGCCGAUGAACUGGGGAGUCCGAAUCGUGCCGGAGAAGAAGGCGUUUGUGGUGGAGAGGUUUGGAAAGUACCUCAAGACCCUUGACUCUGGCAUCCACCUUCUCGUUCCGUUGGUUGACCGGAUUGCGUAUGUCCACUCUCUCAAGGAAGAGGCCAUCCCGAUUCCUGACCAGUCUGCGAUCACCAAGGACAAUGUCAGCAUCCACAUCGAUGGAGUCCUCUAUGUGAAGAUUGUUGAUCCUAUCCUCGCAUCAUAUGGGGUUGAGAACCCUAUAUAUGCAGUGAUCCAAUUGGCACAGACCACAAUGAGGAGUGAACUGGGGAAAAUCACGCUGGACAAGACUUUUGAGGAAAGGGACACGCUCAACGAGAACAUUGUGAAAGCAAUCAAUGAGGCUGCUUCGGAUUGGGGUUUGCAAUGUCUGCGAUAUGAAAUAAGGGAUAUAUCUCCUCCACCUGGAGUUAAAGCAGCUAUGGAGAUGCAAGCUGAGGCUGAAAGAAGGAGACGUGCACAAGUGCUUGAAUCUGAAGGAGAAAGACAAUCAAAUAUUAACAUAGCUGAUGGGAAGAAGAACUCUGUGAUAUUGGCAUCAGAAGCUGCAAUGAUGGAUCAAAUGAACAGGGCCAAAGGAGAAGCUGAGGCAAUCCUUGCUAGAUCAAGAGCGACUGCAGACGGACUUAGGCUAUUAUCUGCGGCCAUGCAAGAGAGCAGAGGUGCUGAGGCAGCUAGUUUAAGAGUGGCCGAACAGUAUAUUCAAGCGUUUGGUAACAUUGCCAAAGAGGGAACGACGCUGCUUCUCCCUAGUGCACCCUCAGAUCCGUCGUCCAUGAUCGCUCAGGCUCUGGCCAUCUACCAAAAGCUCAACCUCAGCCGCCCCCACCCUUCAGGCAACUCUUCUAAAGCCCCCGGAGACGACAGCUCUAAUCACCUCUUGCAUUCUGGUGAAGUAACCGAUACUACUGCAUCCGUAUCGACCAGCCCUACUCAAACAACAGUGUUCUCUCUUCAGAGCCCUCCCAAGAAGCAGUGAGAGUGAUAUCAUUUAUGAGUAGGGUUUAGAGUUCUAAAACAAGGUAGUGCAUUCACCACCCUCCAGAAAAAGAAGGGUUGGAAAAGGAAAGAAAUUUUGUUGGUUUUCCAUCAUUCAUAUGGGUAGGUCAAAACACUCAUAAACCAUGACUUCAUUUCAUUU